UGAAUCGUAAGUCGUGUGAACGUGAACCGUGUACAAUGUACAUGGAAAUUGAUAGAAAUUUGUAAUUGUAAUUACUAAAUGAUUUACUAUAAUAUUUAUUCGGUUUCCAGUAUUGUUAAUUGUUAUGUAAUCUAAAAUUUAAUUUAAUUUUAAAUUUACAAUGUCCGACACCGAAGAUGUAUACAUGUGUGAAGAUGACGAAGAUUAUGGUCUGGAAUAUUCAGAAGAUAGCAAUUCUGAGCCUGAUGUGGAUUUGGAAAAUCAAUAUUAUAACUCAAAAUCGCUAAAAGAAAAGGAUCCUAAUGCUUCAUUAGUGUCAUUUCAAAAAGUAUUAGAUCUGGAAGCUGGUGAAAAAGGAGAAUGGGGUUUCAAAGCUUUGAAACAAAUGAUCAAAAUUAAUUUUCGCCUUAGUAACUUUGAUGAAAUGAUGAAUCGUUAUAAGCAAUUAUUAACAUACAUAAAAACUGCAGUUACUCGGAAUCAUAGUGAAAAAUCUAUAAAUUCAAUUUUAGAUUAUAUUUCAACUUCAAAAAAUAUGGAUUUAUUGCAAAAUUUCUAUGAAACAACAUUAGAUGCAUUGAAAGAUGCCAAGAAUGAUAGACUUUGGUUCAAAACUAAUACGAAAUUGGGUAAAUUGUAUUUUGAUUUAGCUGAUUACACUAAACUGACAAAAAUCCUGAAGCAGUUGCAUGCUUCUUGUCAAGUAAGAUAUAUCUGCUUAGUUUAUAUAUUUAAUUACUAAUACUAUCCACUAUCCAGUAUUGUAUUCUUCAUA